UGUGGUUGUGUGUCGGCGAGCGAGCAUGUGGCUGACCCCGGAGGAGGUGCUGCUGGCCAACGCGCUGUGGCUGACGGAGCGGGCCAACCCCUACUUCAUCCUGCAGCGGAGGAAGGGCCACGGCGGCGGCGGAGGCGGAGGAGCCGGCCUGGCCGGUCUUCUGGUGGGAACUCUUGAUGUUGUGCUGGACUCCAGUGCGAGGGUUGCCCCCUACCGAAUCCUCUAUCAGACUCCAGAUUCACUGGUGUACUGGACCAUUGCCUGCGGUGGAUCAAGGAAGGAAGUCACUGAACACUGGGAAUGGCUUGAGCAGAAUCUGUUGCAGACACUGUCCAUCUUUGAAAAUGAAAAUGAUAUAACAACGUUUGUGAGGGGAAAGGUCCAGGGAAUCAUCGCGGAAUACAACAAGAUCAAUGAUGUGAAGGAAGAUGACGACACCGAGAAGUUUAAGGAAGCCAUCGUGAAAUUCCACCGGUUGUUUGGGAUGCCCGAGGAAGAGAAACUGGUCAACUAUUACUCUUGCAGCUAUUGGAAGGGCAAGGUUCCUCGCCAAGGCUGGGUGUACCUCAGUAUUAACCACCUGUGCUUCUAUUCCUUCCUUAUGGGAAGGGAAGCCAAGGUGGUGAUCCGCUGGGUGGACAUAACCCAGCUGGAGAAGAACGCCACACUGCUACUGCCUGACGUGAUCAAAGUGAGCACGAGGUCGAGGGAACACUUCUUCUCCGUCUUCCUCAACAUCAACGAGACGUUCAAGCUCAUGGAACAGCUGGCCAACAUCGCUAUGCGGCAACUUUUAGACAACGAGGGAUUUGAACAAGACAGAUCACUUCCCAAAUUGAGAAAGAAAUCCCCCAAAAAAGUGUCUGCUUUAAAACGGGAUCUUGAUGCCAGGGCAAAGAGUGAGCGAUACCGUGCCCUCUUCCGACUGCCCAAAGACGAGAAGUUAGAUGGCCACACCGACUGCACCUUGUGGACUCCAUUCAACAAGAUGCAUAUUUUGGGGCAAAUGUUUGUGUCCACGAAUUACAUCUGCUUUACCAGCAAGGAGGAAAACUUGUGUAGCUUGAUUAUUCCACUCCGAGAGGUGACUAUAGUGGAAAAGGCAGAUAGCUCGAGUGUAUUACCCAGCCCUCUAUCAAUCAGCACCAAAAACCGCAUGACUUUCCUCUUUGCCAACUUGAAAGAUAGAGACUUUCUGGUGCAGCGGAUCUCCGACUUCCUGCAGCAAACCACUUCAAAAAUCUACGUGGACAAAGAGAUGGCAGGAAGCUACAACAGCUCAGAUGAUGAGGUUUAUUCAAAGCCCACUAGCUUGGUUUCCUCAAGCCCGCAGAGAAGCUCGAGCUCCGAAGCGGAGGGAGAGCGGCAGUUCAACCUAAAUGGCAACAGCAUUCCCACGGCCACACAGACUCUGAUGACCAUGUAUCGGCGACGGUCUCCUGAGGAAUUCAGCCCCAAAUUGGCCAAAGAGUUCUUGAAAGAGCAAGCUUGGAAGAUUCACUUUGCCGAGUACGGGCAGGGGAUCUGCAUGUACCGCACGGAGAAAAGCCGAGCCCUGGUGUUGAAGGGCAUCCCCGAGAGCAUGCGCGGAGACCUCUGGCUGCUGCUUUCAGGAGCCAUCAAUGAGAUGGCCACCCACCCUGGCUAUUAUGAAGACCUGGUAGAGAAGUCGAUGGGGAAGUACAACCUCGCCACAGAAGAGAUCGAGAGGGAUUUGCACCGCUCCCUACCAGAACACCCGGCUUUCCAGAAUGAAAUGGGCAUUGCUGCUCUGAGGAGGGUGCUAACAGCCUACGCCUUUCGAAAUCCCAACAUAGGCUACUGCCAGGCCAUGAAUAUUGUGACAUCUGUGCUACUUCUGUAUGCAAAAGAGGAGGAAGCUUUUUGGUUGCUAGUGGCUUUGUGCGAGCGCAUGCUUCCGGACUACUAUAACACGAGAGUUGUUGGAGCGCUGGUGGAUCAGGGCGUCUUUGAGGAGCUGGCCCGAGACCAUGUCCCUCAGCUGUACGACUGCAUGCAGGACCUGGGAGUAAUCUCCACCAUCUCCCUGUCUUGGUUCCUCACCCUCUUUCUCAGCGUGAUGCCAUUCGAGAGCGCCGUGGUGGUUGUCGACUGUUUCUUCUAUGAAGGAAUCAAAGUGAUCUUCCAGCUGGCACUGGCCGUACUGGAUGCCAAUGUGGACAAGCUGCUGAACUGCAAAGAUGACGGGGAGGCCAUGACUGUCCUGGGGAGGUAUUUAGACAGCAUAACCAACAAAGAUAGUACCCUGCCUCCCAUCCCUCAUCUUCACUCCCUGCUCAGCGAUGAUGUGGAACCUUACCCUGAGGUGGACAUCUUCCGGCUCAUCAGAACAUCGUAUGAGAAAUUUGGAACCAUCCGGGCUGAUUUGAUAGAACAGAUGAGAUUCAAACAGAGACUGAAGGUGAUCCAAACCCUUGAGGACACUACAAAGCGCAAUGUGGUGCGGACCAUUGUCACAGAAACGUCUUUUACCAUUGAUGAACUGGAGGAACUCUACGGUCUUUUCAAGGCGGAACAUCUCACCAGCUGUUACUGGGGUGGAAGCAGCAGUGCCUUGGACCGCCAUGACCCCAGCCUGCCCUACCUGGAGCAGUACCGCAUUGACUUUGAGCAGUUUAAGGGGAUGUUUGCUCUCCUGUUUCCAUGGGCGUGCGGGGCUCACUCGGAAGUGCUGGCUUCACGCCUGUUCCAACUGCUGGAUGAAAACGGAGACUCUCUGAUCAACUUCCGGGAAUUCGUGUCCGGGCUAAGUGCAGCAUGUCACGGAGACCUAACAGAGAAACUGAAAUUGCUGUACAAAAUGCACGUUCUGCCUGAGCUACCUCCUGAUCAAGAAGAGCCAGAUUCAGCUUUUGAAGCCACCCAGUACUUCUUUGAGGACAUCACGCCAGAAUGCACACACGUUGUUGGACUAGACAGCAGGAGUAAACAGAGCGCAGAUGAUGGGUUUGUUACAGUGAGUCUAAAACCAGACAAAGGGAAGAAGGCAAAUUCCCAAGAGAAUCGCAGCUACUUAAGACUUUGGACCCAAGAGAAUAAAUCCAAAUCGAAAAAUGCAAAGGAUUUACCCAAACUGAACCAGGGGCAGUUUAUCGAGCUGUGCAAGACAAUGUACAACAUGUUCAGCGAGGACCCGAAUGAACAAGAGCUGUACCACGCAACCGCCGCUGUGACCAGCUUGCUGCUGGAGAUUGGCGAAGUGGGCAAGCUGUUUGUUGCCCAGCCUGCCAAGGAGAGCGACGCCAGAGGCCCCGACGCCACGGGCACCGCCCAAGGCCCAGGCAGCCAAGCCCUCCAGAACAUGCUGUUCCCCAAGAAAGGGGCCAACCAACCCUACUCCUCAGAGCCGAGCGAGCCACCUCCUCCCAGCCCGGGCCCCGAGGGUGAGGAGCCUCCCGAAAGCAGCCUGGGAGGGCAGAUGGAAGAAAUCAAGCUGGAGGACUCGUCUCCCCGGGACCACGGGGCCGGCGCCUCCAUGUUCGUCUCAGACGAUGACAGCUCCAUGUCCUCCUACUCGGUGCUGAGCGCGGGCUCUCACGAGGAGGACAAGCUGCACUGCGAGGACAUCGGGGACGACACUGUCCUGGUGCGCAGCGACCCGGGGGGAGCCCCGUCAGCCCUGCCCCGGAGCACCAGCCUGGACCGUGACUGGGCCAUCACCUUCGAGCAGUUCCUGGCCUCGCUGUUAACCGAGCCGGCCCUGGUCAGGUACUUCGACAAGCCCGUGAACAUGAUGGCCCGGAUAACUAACGCCAAGAACGUAAGGAUGAUGGGCAAGCCCAUCACCUCUGCCAGUGACUAUGAGAUCUCUGCCCUGUCAGGGUGA